UCCCUCCCUCUGUUUGUGACGUUCACUGGCCAAGAUCAGAUCAGCUCCAUGGGUCGCUUGAAACAGAAGCCUGGAGGAGAAAUUGCCUAGUACUGCCUAACUAGAUGGAGGAUUUAACCAAUGCCCAAGAUGGGUAACCUGAAUUUCAAAGGUCAGCACAAAGAGGCACCCAGGGUGGUGAUAAUGGGCCUGGACUCUGCUGGCAAGACCACCCUCCUCUACAAACUGAAGAACAAUCAACAAGUGGAGACCUAUCCCACUGUGGGCUUUAAUGUCGAGUCUUUGGAGGCAUCCAAGUAUGGGUCCCUGACUCUUUGGGAUGUGGGGGGUCAGGACCAACUCCGGUCCAGCUGGAAGAACUAUUUAGAGGACACUGACUCCCUCCUCUAUGUUCUGGACAGUACAGAUGAAGACCGGCUGCCCGAGGCUACGGCUGAGCUGGAAAAUGUCCUGAACAAUGUUCAUAUGGCUGGUGUCCCUUUCUUGGUCUUAGCCAAUAAGCAGGAGAUGCCAGGGGCCCUGUCUCUGCUAGAGAUUAAGAAUAGGAUGCGUUUGGACCGAUUCAAUGACCGGAGCUGGGAGCUUCGGGGUUGUAGCGCCCUUACAGGUGAGGGGCUAAAAGAAGUCCAGCUGGCCCUGGAGAGACUUCUUAAGUCCUGAAAGUAGAUAUGCCUCUACAGUAUGAGAGUGGAUGGAGAGAUGAAGAAGUCUUGACUGAUUAGAAAUAUUGUUGAGUAAGAACUGGGGAAACUGAGUGACCUUGAAAGACUUAAGAACUCUGAUCAACACGAUGAUCAAUCAUUAUUCCAGGACCAAUGAUAAAGAAUCCUAUGCCCCUUCUGGCGGAGAACUGAUGGUCUAAACAUGCAGAAUGAAUGCAUUUUUGGAAAUGGCCAAUGUGGGAAAUUGUUUUACUUGACAGUGCAUAUUUAUCACAAGGGUUUUGGUUUUUUGGUCCCUUUUUCUUUCUCCAGUAGGGAGGGGGAAGUGGGAAGGAGAGAAUCUCUGUAAAUGAAAAAAAAAAAAACCUUUAAUUAAAAAAAAAUCUGGGGGAAUGAAUUAAUCAUUAGUAAGUCUGAACAUAACAGCUUAUCAGUCAAGAAAUUACCCUGGUCCUGGAGAUCAUUUGUUUUUCACAAUAAUUUACUCUCACUUGUGUUUCUAAAGUAUCCAGAGUAUAAUAACACAACCAACCACAACAAUCCCCCACCAUCUCCCACCCUCAAACAAACAACCAUCUGUCCAACUGGUUUUUUAAUGUCACUGUUUACAAAUCAAGAUGUAUUCAGUCUUGCUUUUCUUUUCAACAUUCUUUUGAUGCUCUAUAGCUUCAUGGAGUAUGGGGUAAGAAACACCAGAUUUUCCCUGAAACAAUGGCUUUAUGCUCCCUACAAACAUUUUCAAGCCCAUCAAACCAAUGUAAGGUCUUCUUUAGUUUACCGUCCAUGGCUUUUUGGACUUCUAGUUGACUUGUUUGGCACAAACUUCAACUUUCUAUUGGUGCUACCACUGGAGGAAGAUGGCUCAAGUGCAUUAUGGUGCACCUUAAUAUGAGCAAACAUGCCAAUUAGGAGCUUAGGGCAGGAAUGCUGGGUAUAGGGAGCCCGACAGCAUUUUAGGGAGAUGGCCAGACUACCAGAUAACUUCUAAGGUCCCUUCCAGGUCAAAAUCUCUGAUCCUACUGAAGUCCCACUUUCUGUGGCUUGAAAGCUUAAUAUAGCCUUUUUCUCUUUAAAGUCCAAGGUAAUGGAUCUCACAGUUUCAUAUUUAUCCUUUCUUCUUGCUGUUUUGGGGAACUAAUGAUGCCAAGUAUUAAUGGAAUUCAUAAGCUCAGAGCCCCAAGACUAGGGAAGAAAUGUUUUCCUUUCCUUAGUCACCAAGCAGAGACCAGCCUCUAUGAUUCUUAGUAAGCUCUGAAAAAUAUCUCACUUAGCCACUGCUUUUCCCCUUAACCAUUUCUUUAUUGCAAAAAAAAAAAAAAUCACACAGAAUGCACAAAAGUCAA